AUGGGUGCUACGGGCGCCGGUAAAAGCAGCUUUAUCAACACGGUCUUGGGAACGGACUUCUUGAAGGUCGGGCAUAAAAUUGAAUCAUGUACCACCGAGGUUACAGCUGUCGAGGUACCUUCCGAGAAGCUUCAAGACAUCCCUUUGCUAUCAAAUAAGGGAAUCUAUCUGGUAGACACUCCAGGAUUUGACGACACUUAUAAGGAUGACGUGGAGAUAUUGAAGAAAAUUUCGAAAUGGUUGAAAGCUUCAUACAAUGAAUACGCCUUGGGGGGCGUAAUCUAUCUCCACGAUAUCUCUGUGGAUCGGUAUACAGGCACAGCGAAGCGAAACUUGCAAUUAUUCAACAAGCUUUGCGGAGAGUCCGAAAGCGUCCUCGACCGCGUUAUUAUUGGACUCACCAAAGGCGACCGUAUUCAACCGGACGAGGAGAUUAGGAGACGAGAGGGAUUGAAGCAGCGUCAGUUUAACUAUAUGAUGGCCAAAGGAGUGGAAGUCCUUCGUGUCUCCAGAGGUGACUCGAAAAGUGGUCAUCCUAACACAAUUCUUCGGAAUCUUCUGCACAAACAGCAAACUCGUUUGAUCUUAAGGAUACAAGAAGAGAUGGCGGUCAUGAAAAAAGUUGUUUCCCAAACCGAUGCCGCGCAGGAGCUUCGCCUGACUCUUGCUCAGGUUUUAAAACUCCAGAAGCAACGCUCUGAAGUCUCUGUCGCACCGACAGACCUCGAAGAAGCAAGGAGGCAAAUACAAAAUUUAUCAGAUCAGCUCAAGGCUUUACAGAUUCCAUUCUCUCGUCGACUAAGAAUGCUCCUUGGAUUUUGA